AUGGACCGAGCAGAGGAAAUAUGCAAGAGUUUACUGCGGGGCGGGAAGGCCGAAAAAAUCCACUCUCUAGGCGCGCUGAGCCACUUUCGCAGCACAAUGAGACUUACUCCCAGCUGCAACAGCUUUUUCUACGGGUACAUAAGGAAAAGGAUAGAGGCGCUGGCGGGGAGCCCGUCGUAUGCCUUCAGCAUGGCGCAGUCUGUGCAGGCGCAGCUCUACUGCGGAGUGCUGAUGCUCGAGCAGGGCACGUACUUCUUGCUGGGAGUGCAGCCAGACCUUACUCCGGAGGUGCUGCGGGUGGACUUUUCUGAGCUUUCAGAGUAUACUGUGUACUCUGGGCAGGCGAUAAAGGUAAUGGGGAGAAAUCCGGCGGGGGAGGAAGUUGUUGUAGACUCGAUAGUAUACGACAGCAUUCCAGACGGUUUGGCCAAGACGGGCACGGGCACCAGCUUCACGGUCACGUUCAUCGACGAGAAAAAGCUGUCCUGGGACGAGCCGCCCUUCCAGCCCGAGGAAAAAAGCGCGGAGUGCGCGCUCGACUCUGAAAAAAUGCUGAAAAUAGUGAGCGAGUGCGGGUCGGACAUUGCCGUGAUUUUUGGGGAUGUUUCUGCGCGCGGGCGAGAGCUUUACAAGGAGAUGCGGGAUGCUCGCCUGCCCAGGCUUCUGCUUGUGCCGGCAGUUGACGGGAUUGAGUCUAGCAUGUGCUACCCCACGGAGUACAUGGAGAAGGUUUCUGGGUGCCAGGCCCACGUUGUGCAGGAGAAUGUGCCCUCCAGCGGGCUUUAUGAUGCAGGCAGCUCCCGCAUUGUGGAGCUGCAGAACCCCUCGAUGGUUGCAGUGAACGGGAUACUUCUGGCUGUGACAAGCGUGGACAUACUGCGGGGCAUAUCCCGGGGAGAGGUCAGCAAAAACAGGAGGGGCCGGAUGCUGGACAUUCUUGCGCACGCGGUCUGCCAAGGCACGUUUCUUCCGUUUGUGCCGCAGGAUGUGCCUGUUGACUACUCUGUCUACAACGCGUUUAUGUGGCCGUACUCUCCGGACGUGUACGUGUUCCCGACAAACCUGUCCGCAGGCAAGGAGCAGGUGUGCGAAACGCACAUUUUCCCGCUGGGAAAAGCGUGGGCUACGCUGGAGGUGCGGUGCGACGGGGAGGGAACUGUUACUGUGGAGGCUGCAGGGUCUGCAUAG